UUUCCAUUCGUGUUUUGAUCAUUGUAAGAAAAUGUAUAUAUUCAAAGAUGAGAAAUUUAACCGCCGUCAAAAAUUAAAUGAAAUACUUUUAAGACUUCUCGGUUUAUGGCCUUAUGAAAAAACCAAAUGUGAGCGUUUUCGUGCAAUGUGCUGCUUUGUAAUACUUAUUUCUCAUAUAAUUACUGAGUUAGCACAACUUAUUAUAGUCGAUUUUAAUGCAAAUGUCAUUACCAGGAUUUUGUCGGAUACCCUUCCGACUACUUUGUGUUUUAUAAACUUUAACAUGAUUUUCUUCGGUACUAAAGAACUAAAACAAUUGCUGGAAGAAGUUAUAAAUACUCGGCAAAUGUUGACAGAUGCGCAAGAAAUUAAAAUAUUAGAAUAUUACGCUCACCAAGCAGAAAAAUUUCCAAUUAUUAUCAUACCGCUGCAAGCAUUUACAAUACUUUCGUUGUUAAUAAUGGAACUGCUACCGGAUAUUCUCGAUUUUCUCCGACCGUUAAACGAAUCACGUGCACAUUACUUAAUAGUCAUGAACGAAUACGAUAUAAAUGAGGGGAUACAAUUUUAUUCUUUUCUCUUGUAUACUAUUUCUGGUAUCAUUAUUGGUACUAGUACAAUAAUCUUUGUUAUUUCAACGAUACUAUCGAUUUGUUUACACUGUUGCGCAUUAUAUAAAAUUUGCAGUUAUCGAAUAAAACAAUUUGUGGACAAAGAGAUAAUAGCAAGCUUUAACAAGAGAAAUAUAAUCGUCGAAAGAAUAAUUAGAAUAGUAGAACUUCAUAUAAAAGCAAAGAAGCUCUCUAAAAUGAUUGUGACAAGUUUUACGAUAUCUUAUCUCAGUAUGUUAGUAAUAGGCAUGUGUGGCUUUGCUAUGAGAUUAUACAGAUUGCUGUACAUAAUAACAUACACACAUGAUUCGGUGGAACUUCUGAUAGAGGCAGCUUAUGUUAUCGGAUGUGAGUUUACUCUCUUAACCAUCUCUUUUAUUGGACAAUUAAUGAUAAACCAUUCUGAUGAAAUAUUUAACACAUUGUGAGUAGCAAUCUUUAAUACAAAAUUAAACAAAUAAAUUUAUGAAAUCUGCAUUUAUUUUGUUCAGAAUUGUGUGUUAUUAAUUUUCUUAAUAUAUAUUUUG